AGCGGAGCCGGAGCAUAAAGGGCGGACUGCGUCGCUGCUAAUCCGACUUGGUCUCAGCGGUGUCGACGAUUGCAUGCAAGAUCCCAAGCGCUUCUACGUUCGUUUGUCGCGACCGCGCCUGCGGCAUCCGUGACAUUAAAGCCCUCCAGGUCGACGUCCGAGGCGAGAUGAGCGCGCUGGCCUCCCGAGCCCUCCGGAUCUGUGAUCGCUUCUGGCAACCUGAGCCCGCGCUCCUGCCCCCCGGCUGACGCGCAACCCCGCCGCCCAGACAGAUGGCCCCAGGCCAAGUACCUCAUCACACAAGGCCCUGGCUAGAUGCCCAGGCCUUGUACCUGCUCUCCCCACUGAUGGGCUUCCUGAGCCGGGCCUGGAGCCUCCUGAGGGGCCCAGGACCCCCAGAGCGCUGGAUGGUAGAAGCCGGAAGAGGAACAGAUGAGUUAGAAGCUGGUGUGGAGGGAGAAUCCAAGGCUUUUCCUGCAGGCCCCCAUUUCCUGAAGUCUCAAAACCCACAAGGCGAGGCUGAAGACAGCAGAGCCCCCAAGGAGGAUGGAAAGGCGGCGGCAGCAGGGACCAGCCUUGACCUGGAAGCCAGCAGUUCUGCCCCGGAAGCCUGCGGACUUGGCCGUGGCCACUGUGGAGAGUACAGGACAGAAGCAGCAGCCAGGCAGCAGCCAGGAGAAUUCACUUGUGGCCAGCCUGUGCUCCUGUUCCCUGGUCUGCUGCUGAGUGCCCUGCAAGGUACUGAUAAGAGCCCCGGAGACCAACAGGCCGAAGAGGAUGGAGAGACCAAGUUGGCUUAUCUGUCUUCACACUACCAGGGUGGUCCUGCCAGGGAGGAGCAGGGGGAGGAUGCAGAGGCUGUCAACAGAGCCGCCACCACCACUGCUGCCUCUGCUUCCCCAUUGGCCCCAGGACCCAAGCCCAGCACUUGGCUGUGCUCUUCUGGGGAGGAAGAGCAGCGAGCCACGGAGGACAGAGAAACAGAAAAUAUAGAAGUCAGGGAAUCCCCUACUUAUUCCCCAUGGUCAAGCUUAAGCUCUGGGGCCUGGCAGAGUUGCUCAGGAGAGGCUGCUGAGAAAGGCACAGAGGCCAGAGAAGUAGGUGAGAGAGGAGACGCUGACCGGGAGCCAUGGCCCUCGGUUCCCCGCCUGGGGCUCCUGCUCUGGCCCUGUGAGGAUCAACCCGGAGAGGACACAGAGGACGAGGGGGAGGAGGAGGAGGAGGAAGAGGAGGAAAACAAGUGCUAUGAUUCGGUAUCGACUGAGGAAGAGGUAGAAGCUGGAGAUUCUUCUACCCCCACCACAAAUACCUUUCUGAGGGACUGGGUAUAUCGGCCUGGAGAGGACACAGAGGAGGAGGAGGAGGAAGAGGAGGAGGAGGAAGAGGAGGAGGAAGAUGACAGAGAUCUAGGAUCUGCAGAAGGGGGAAAAGCUGAUGUUUCUCCAGCCACCCUUGGCACCAGCACCUUCCUGAAGGCAUGGGUGUAUCGGCCUGGAGAGGACACAGAGGAAGAGGAAGGGGAAGACAGUGAGUCAGAGUCAACUGAGGAAGGUGGAAAAGCUAGCGCUUCUGGUACUGCUUCCUCCACCCUCAGCACCAGCACCUUCCUGGGGGCCUGGGUGUAUCGGCCUGGAGAGGACACAGAGGAGGAAGAUGAGUGGGAGGAGAACCAGGACACAGGAGGCGGCUCUGGAGCAGCUGAGGGCAGAGAAGCCGGCUGGGGCCCAAGCACCUCCUCUCAGCUCCAUGGUGUCCAGCCAAGGGCCUGGACAGCACCCUCUGGAGAUAGGGCAAAGGAAGAGCACCCAGCUGAGGCCAGGGCUGGAGCUGAGACCCGGCCCCUUGCCGUGGCCAUCUAUGUUCCUGGACAGAAGCCCCCAGCUCCUUGGGUCGCUCCUAAGCUGCCCUUCCGACUGCAGAGGAGGCUGAAGUUGUCAGAGACUGUCCCCCAGGAUCAGGACCCUGAGGCUUCCCCAAAGGACAGAAAGGUGCGCUUCUCUGAGAAGGUCACUGUGCAUCUCCUGGCUGUGUGGGCUGGACCUGCCCAGGCUGCUCGCCGUGGCCCUUGGGAGCAGCUUGCCCGGGAUCGUAGCCGAUUCGCGCGCCGCGUCACCCAGGCUGAAGAGGAGCUGGGCCCCUGCCUAACCCCUGCCUGGCGGGCCCGAGCCUGGGCUCGCCUUGGGAACCUACCUAGACCCCCAUCCCCUGUCCCUGCCAGGGCCCCAGUCCAGGCACCGCUGUUUAUCAAAGCCAUGGCCACACCCUGUCCCUCUCCUCCAAAGUGUUGCUGUAGAUCAGGAAUAAACCCUUCUGAUUUGUAGUGAGCGAAGUCUGUGUGGUGACUGGGCCCUAUUCCUGGGUGGUCUUACGGGGAGCGGGGUGCAAAAAAGCCUGAUUCCCUGCUGGAGGGCAAACCACAUUUCCAAUCACCUCCCUAUGUCUGGUAUACAUGUGUAUGUAUUUGAUACAGGGUCUUACUACUGAGAGACUCUGUUGCUCUGCCUGUUUGCAGCCUCCCCAGCACUGGG